UGCCCCCGCGCGGCGGCCGCACUUCCGCCGGCUGGGCGUCCCGCGCGCGCCUGGUUGGUUUGAAGGGAAGCGCUUAUUAGUCACCGCGCGGGGCUGCUUGUCUUUUCCCGGGUUCCGAGUCCGGCCGGAUCAGUGCGGAGGGACGAGGGGCAGGAGCUUCCUCGUGAGUCACCCUGAGGCGGCAGCGCCCGGGAGAUCGGGCGUCCGUACGGGGGCGGACCAGGGCCAAGCCCGGCCGGCGGGGAAGCUGGAGGCCUGGGGGCGGCAGCUUCUGCUCCCGGGGCGCAGGCCUGUGUGCGUGGCCUUGGGCAAGACAUUUCGCCCUUCUGGUGCAGCACACUCUGCCGCACACGCUGCCCUUGCCUCCCUGGCCCCGAACCCUUGCUCGGGGGCCCGCAGUGCCCCCCGCUCCGGAGACGUUUAGGGCAGCGCUGCCCGCCAGCCUGACCGGACGCGGCCCUCCGAGUCAAACGCUGGCUCCCUGAAAAUACCGUCGAAACAGCCUGUAGCUAAGACAAAACUGAGUCCGAUGCUUCCUUCUCUUGUUCGGGGAGAGCACUGUCUGAAAGGGUAGUUAGUCGAGAGGAGGUGGAGGGGCAGAGUUGGGGUGUUGAGGUUUGGGGCCAGGCUGAAGGGGGGCUUUUUGAUGCAAGAUUUUUAAAUUAGGGUUGGGUAAGGAUCGGGUCGCAUAGCUCAGGAUUUGUGGUCCCGGUGACGUGAGGAUUUCAUGAGCCUUGGAGCUUCAACUGUGGCUUAAUGCUACCUGUCGAAAGUUGGGGCGGUUUUCAAUGGAUUUUUGUGAGGUCGGAGAGUAAGGUUAUUGACACCUUUUGUUUUCCUGGGCAGGUGUUUCCUGACAUCAUACAAUAAUACAGUCAGGUUGUUUUGCCUCAGCCAGUAUGAGUCACAGCCUUCUGUUGUUUGCACCCACAGAAACCCUGUAUGUGGUUUGGUUGUGUGUAAAAUGGGGAUCAUAUGGCAGGGGGAUGGGGAGGAGCUGGGCACGCCCUGAGAAAACCAGGGUCUCAGCCUCUGGUAGCCCAGCAGGGCUUAUAAAAAUGUCUGAGUCCUGAAAAACAAUCCUUAUCUCAAAUAGGAAAAGGGAGCUCCAAAUUGAAACGAAUAGAUGGAGAUAUAUAUAUAUAUAUAUCAAUAAACAAUCGACUAGAUUUAUUAUUAAUACCUUAUUACUGACCACCAGCCAACUGCUACUCAAAGCACAUAGUUAGGGGUGGUUGCAUUUACCCUGUAGAGAGAUGUGCACGUUCAUAUGAUUUGUGCCGUGUGGUCAGGGGUUCAAAGCUAAGAAUGCUCCGGGCUUCUCAAGACCUUAAAACAUCCCUGGGGCAUUUGGCUCCUGGUCUUGGUACGUCCCUGCUCCGGUCUCUGAGCUCAUUUCCUCAUCUGUACGGUGGGGAAGACUGUGCUUUGGGCAGGAUAAGGAGGAAGUGAGGCCAUAUGUUAGCCAGCAGUUGUCCGAACUGAAGUCCACAGGAUUCUAGAGCAGUGUUCGCCCUCACCGGCAUGGGCUGCCCUGCACUUUGUGGGUCUAGAACAGACUGAGGGCCCAUAGUAAGCAAGCUGGGAAGGAAUGGGAGUGUUAACCAGUUUGAGAGAAAGCAGGAGAAUGGAGGUGAUAUUAACCAUUCUCCCAGCUCAACCUGGUUCCAUCCAUUUCCUGCACUGCUCCCCACCCCACCCACCAGGACAGGUGCAGGGACGACAUUAAACAUGUUUAACAACCAGUGUGAAACCAUGAAAACAGGCUUGCGGGAGAGGCUUGGAGCCCCCCACCCCCAUCUCAACAGGAAGCCGACAGCCGUGCUGGCCCCUUGAGUCACCACUGUGGGAGGCCACGGAGAGCCCACUCAUCGCGGGGCCCUGUGACAAAGGAAGGUACGCCACCACCUUGACCGCGACCCUCACCAGGCCCGACAGUAGUCAGCCGCCGCUGUUUUCAGACGGACUCUAGGGGAGUCAGGAAAUUCUGCCAGGACGCGACAUCGGAUCGGGCUCCGUGUUCAACGUGAGACUUGAACUCGGGACCCUGAGAUCAAGAGUCGCACGCUCUACAGAUUGAGCCCGCCAGGCGCCCCAAACAUGCUAUUUUAAAGCGUCCCCAGCGUGCGGGCAGGGGCGGUCUUCGGUCUGCUCGCCGUUGUGUCUCCGGCACGCCCGGGUGCGAAAUGGCGUUGGUGUGCCACUUCUUCGGGCUGAGCCCCACCAGCCCCAGCUGCCACUCGUACGAUGCGUCCGCAGCCCUCUCCGUCCUGCACAGCUCGCUGCAAAUCAUCGGUGGCCCUGCGAUGGCGUGACAGGCGCCGGGUGGCAGGGUGGGUGGCAGGGUGGGCACCUGGGGCCCAGGCGAGGACAUGCCCAGCCGGCACUGCUGGUGUGGCUGCAGCAUCCAGUAGGCGCUCCGUAAAUGUCUCCAAUGGGUGUCAAGUCACGCCGGGGCCCCCACUCUCUGGGAACUGGGGAGCCGGUCUCUGGGGCCCUUGCUGAGGCCUGGUGCCCGACAGCCUUCACUGCCUUCUCAGGUCUUCCUGUGGCUCCUACCGGGUCCUUCUCCUGGAGGCCCUCUACCUGGCCACCCUUUUUGGGGACCAGUGACAUCUCAGGACACGUGUCUGUCCCUCGGGUGACCUCGGCAGUGGCCCAGUUCUCAGGAAACGUCGUAAUAGGACACUGGGGAGGCUGCAUUCUGGGACAGCUGGUCCCUGGCACAAUCCUCCCGACACCUUGCCACGCUUGUUUAUUCAUUCAGCAAACACCCACUGAGACCCGGAGUGUACCGGGGCCAUCCUAGAUCCCCAGGGUGUGCUGGGCCACCUGACACUGCCCCUCCCCUCGGGGCGGGGGGUCACAGCUCCCAGCACCCAGCCCCUCGUGGCCCUCCAGGGGCCCUGCCCGCCUCCGUGCUUCCCCACACCCCCUCCCCCGUGCUGAGACUCCUUCACCAUCAUCACUUGCUCACCUGCCUCCCACCCCCGGGGAGAUGCCUGCUGCCCGAGGGUAGGACCUGUGUCUUAUCCGUGGUGCCCCAGUGCCCAGCAUGGGAUCUGACAUACAGCCGUGGCCCAGUAAAUGCUUGUCGAGUGAGCCGGGGAAGCCAACCACCUUAGUUUCGGGAAGGCAGCGGGUUGGGGGAGCCUGGGGCUAGCCGUGGAGUAGAGACGGCCCAGGGUGGUGAGCAGGCGGCGGGGUGGGGGGGCACCCCAGAGCCUGCCCUUCACCUUUGCUGCUUGGCAUGGGUGUUCUCCGGCAGCUCCCUGCCUCCGGUCCUGGGACAGAAUAAUGCAUCAGCUGGGGGCUGUUCGGGGCUCCUGCACCCCCAUCCUUGGCUUGUAUUGGGGCGGGAUGGGACAGGGGGCUCGCCCUGAUGAGAGGGGGCGUCUGGCUGUAGUUUAGCCCCGAGUUGCCUCCUGCCCUUCUAGCCGAAGCCGGAAGGGGGCAGUAAAACACACCAGCGAUCCCUUGUGGCUCCGGGGAGGUGGUCGGCUGCAGGCUCCUGCCACCUGCCAAAGCCCCAGGGUCUGAGCGGGGACAGCACAGGGGUCACCCCUACCCCCAGGCUGUGGGGGAGGAACACGUUGGCCAAGCCGGGGCGCUCCAGAAAGGCUGAGGCGGUCUGCCCAGCGGGGUGCGCCGAGUGUCUGCCUGGAGGGCCCCCAGCUCCUGCCAGCACCCUGUCCUGCGCCCCAGCCCGGCUUCCUCUCUUCUCUGAGCCCCCCUGCCCGCCCCUGCCCGCCUCUGCACGCCUCUCCACUGCUCCCACUUGCCCUCCGGGUCUCCGCUUUCUGGGCGGUCUUCACCUGCAGCCCCGCCAGGGUCAGGUGCCUCCCCGGACCCUUGAGGCCCCAGCCCACCCCACUCCGCUCCUGGGACCCUGGGUGAAAACCAUCCAUCCCCUGGAUCAAGAUCCCUCGGGAUCUACCGGGUCCGGUCCAGUCUCCCGCCUCCAGAUUGGGGUUCAAAUCCGGCUCUACCUGUCACCACGAGCCUGCUCGCCCCCAGCCUCAGUUUCCUCAGCUUCAGAGUGGGGACAGUGAGGGAAUUUGAGGAGGAAGGUGUGGCGAUGCGGGGCGCCUGAUACACUCUCCUCCCGCUGUGUCUCCCACCCCUUCCCAGCGCGAGGUUUGUUGACCGUGUGAAUGAGAGGACGAAUACGCAGUGGGUCUAGGACCGGAAUCCGUCGGCCCUCCUUCUGGGGGUGGGGGACCCCGGGGUAGCACCCACCUGGGCUCCCUGCUCCUGCAUAGCCCAGCUGCCCUUUGACCCUUAGGCGUGCAGGGGCCGGGCCGGGCUGUGGGAGACGGUACCCCAGCCCUUCCCAGGCAGCCACGUCAGUCGGCCACCUGGGCACCUGCCUGGGUUUCCCCGAAGUCCAGGUGAGGGGUGAGUUGUUGGGCACCCGAGUGACAGGACCCACAUGACAGGUGGCCACUGGGGGCCUGAUUCAUGGCUUUCUGGGAAGUGGGUUAACGGAAUCCCAGGGCCCAGGGCCUGGUCAGGCCUCCUGGCUGAGUCACAGUGGCCCCUGGAGGAAGGAGCCGUUACUGAGCCUCUGGGCAGCCCCGUGUUCCCAAGGCCCCGGGACCUCCCCACGACCCCACACCCUAAGUCUUCCCUUCCCCACACAAACUGGGGUCCAUCCCAGUCAGUGUCAAGGCCACUGGCCUGCACCACUGGGCCUGGGUCCUGCUCCUCCAGAGGCCAGAUUCUGAGCCCACAGCUGGAGCCCAGGUCCUGGGCCCCCAAACCAGUCCACUGCUGGUGGGGGGUGGUAGGGAUCUCAGCCAGAGCCCCCACCUGGGCCCCCUUAACGGCCCAUUUCCUCCCCACAGUCCCGCCCCACCUGUGACCUACAGCCUGGGGUGGCCAGACCGAGCCACUCACUCACUCACUCACUCGGGGGACUGGUCCAACGGCAUUCCACCUCCCGGGAUAAAACCUGGGGUGACCUGUGGGGAGCUCUGCACACAGCUCUCCCAGCCGCGCCCGCGCCCCCACCGGCCAUGGUGGUUUCCAGAAUUCCCCCGGCCCUGGGUGGAGGCUGUCUCAGGAUCCUAACCCCCCUUCUGCUUCUGGCUUCUGCGGCCUCCCUCCGUGCUGCCAGGAUACCUGCACCCCCAGCUUGUGGGAAGCCCCAGCGGCUGAACCGGAUCGUGGGCGGUGAGGACAGCACUGAUGCCGAGUGGCCUUGGGUCGUGAGCAUCCAGAAGAACGGAACCCACCACUGUGCAGGCUCCCUGCUCACCAGCCGCUGGGUGGUCACUGCUGCCCACUGCUUCAAGGGCAACCUGAACAAGCCGUCCCAAUUCUCUGUGCUGCUGGGGGCCUGGCAGCUGGAGAACCCUGGCUCCAGGUCCCAGCAGGUGGGUAUCGCCUGGGUGCAGUCCCACCCCGUGUAUUCCUGGAAAGAGGGCUCCCGUGCAGACAUCGCCCUGGUGCGUCUGGAGCACACCAUCCACUUCUCUGAGCGAAUCCUGCCCAUCUGCCUGCCUGACUCCUCCGUCCGUCUCCCUCCGAACACCCGCUGCUGGAUUGCAGGCUGGGGGAGUAUCCGUGAUGGAGUGCCCCUGCCCCACCCCCAGACCCUGCAGAAACUGGAGGUUCCCAUCAUAGACUCGGAAGUCUGCAGCCGCCUCUACUGGCGGGGCGCUGGGCAGGGAGCCAUCACCGAGGACAUGCUGUGCGCUGGCUAUCUGGAGGGGCGGCGGGACGCCUGUCUGGGUGACUCGGGGGGCCCCCUGAUGUGCCAGGUCGAGGGCACCUGGCUGCUGGCGGGCAUCAUCAGCUGGGGCGAGGGCUGUGCCGAGCGCAACCGGCCCGGCGUCUACAUCAGCCUGGCCGCCCACCGCUCCUGGGUGAUGAGGGUCGUGCAAGGGGUGCAGCUCCGCGGGCACUCACAGGGGAGGGGGCCCGCAGGGGAAGGCGCGCCCUCCCCGAGGGGCCCGCGUUAGGGACCUGGGGAGACGCGGCGGCCACGCCGUUGUAAGUAAGCCAUCUGCCUCCGGGGGGCGCCCGCGGGCCGGCACCGAGCGGCCUCGCAGCCCGCCCCGCCCGCGCGAGCGCCUCUGUGUGUAUAUAUAUACAUGUUAAUAAUUUUUACAGUUAUUUGUACCCCGCCCUCAUAUCUUAUUUAUUCCUCCAAUUUCAAUAAAUUAUUUAUUCCCCCGUU